AGCGCCGGCCGCCAUUUUGUGCAGUCGCUGGGAAGGAAGGAGACGCCUAAACCGCGGCACUGCCGGGUUUGAGCGUAGCCAAACCUACCCACUGCUUCUGUAACCCCGAUUCUCUGUGUUUUGCUCCCGUCUCCGACGAGAGAGGCGGCGACGGUGGCGUCUGCGACGGGAGACAGCGCGUCGGAGCGAGAAAGCGCCGCGCCUGCCGCCGCCCCAACAGCGGAGGCGCCGCCGCCAUCGGUCGUCACUAGACCGGAGCCGCAGGCCCUCCCGAGCCCGGCCAUCCGUGCCCCGCUCCCAGAUCUCUAUCCAUUUGGGACCAUGCGCGGAGGCGGCUUUGGGGAUCGGGACCGGGAUCGUGACCGUGGAGGAUUUGGAGCAAGAGGUGGUGGUGGCCUUCCCCCGAAGAAGUUUGGUAAUCCUGGGGAGCGUUUACGUAAAAAGAAGUGGGAUUUGAGUGAGCUCCCCAAGUUUGAGAAGAAUUUUUAUGUUGAACAUCCAGAAGUGGCAAGGCUGACUCCGUAUGAGGUUGAUGAACUACGCCGAAAGAAAGAGAUUACAGUGAGAGGAGGCGAUGUUUGUCCUAAACCUGUGUUUGCCUUCCAUCAUGCUAACUUCCCACAAUACGUAAUGGAUGUGUUGAUGGAUCAGCACUUCACAGAACCAACUCCAAUUCAGUGCCAGGGAUUUCCCUUGGCUCUUAGUGGCCGGGAUAUGGUGGGCAUUGCUCAGACUGGCUCUGGGAAGACAUUGGCGUAUUUGCUGCCUGCUAUUGUUCAUAUUAACCACCAGCCUUACUUGGAAAGAGGAGAUGGCCCAAUUUGUCUCGUUCUGGCUCCUACCAGAGAGCUUGCCCAGCAGGUACAGCAGGUGGCUGAUGACUAUGGCAAAUGUUCUAGAUUGAAGAGCACUUGCAUUUAUGGAGGUGCCCCGAAAGGCCCCCAGAUUCGAGACUUGGAGAGAGGUGUCGAGAUCUGUAUAGCUACUCCUGGACGCCUGAUAGAUUUCCUGGAGUCAGGAAAGACAAAUCUUCGCCGAUGUACUUACCUUGUACUGGAUGAGGCUGACAGAAUGCUUGAUAUGGGCUUUGAACCCCAAAUUCGUAAAAUUGUUGACCAAAUCAGGCCUGAUAGGCAGACGUUAAUGUGGAGUGCAACCUGGCCAAAAGAAGUAAGACAGCUUGCAGAGGAUUUCCUUCGUGAUUACACCCAGAUCAACGUAGGCAAUCUGGAGUUGAGUGCCAACCACAACAUCCUCCAGAUCGUGGAUGUCUGCAUGGAGAGUGAAAAAGACCACAAGUUGAUCCAACUCAUGGAGGAAAUAAUGGCUGAAAAGGAAAAUAAGACAAUAAUAUUUGUAGAGACGAAAAGACGCUGUGAUGACCUCACUCGAAGGAUGCGCAGAGAUGGUUGGCCAGCUAUGUGUAUCCAUGGAGACAAGAGUCAACCAGAAAGAGAUUGGGUACUUAAUGAGUUCCGUUCUGGAAAGGCUCCCAUUCUCAUUGCCACAGAUGUAGCCUCCCGUGGGCUAGAUGUGGAAGAUGUCAAGUUUGUGAUCAACUAUGACUAUCCAAACAGCUCAGAGGAUUAUGUGCACCGUAUUGGCCGAACAGCCCGUAGCACCAACAAGGGCACCGCCUAUACCUUCUUCACCCCAGGGAACCUAAAGCAGGCCAGAGAGUUGAUCAAAGUGCUGGAAGAGGCUAAUCAGGCUAUCAAUCCAAAACUGAUGCAGCUGGUGGACCACAGAGGAGGCGGCGGAGGAGGGGGUAAGGGAGGUCGUUCUCGGUACCGGACCACUUCUUCAGCCAACAAUCCCAAUCUGAUGUAUCAGGAUGAGUGUGACCGGAGGCUUCGAGGGGUCAAAGAUGGUGGCCGGAGAGACUCUGCGAGCUAUCGGGAUCGUGGUGAAACCGAUAGAGCCGGUUAUGCUAACGGUAGUGGCUAUGGAAGUCCAAAUUCUGCCUUUGGAGCACAAGCAGGCCAAUACACCUAUGGUCAAGGCACCUAUGGGGCAGCUGCUUAUGGCACCAGUGGUUACACAGCCCAAGAAUAUGGUGCUGGCACUUAUGGGGCCAGUAGCACCACCUCAACUGGGAGAAGUUCACAGAGCUCUAGCCAGCAGUUUAGUGGGAUGGGCCGGUCUGGGCAGCAGCCACAGCCACUGAUGUCACAACAGUUCGCACAGCCUCCGGGAGCUACCAAUAUGAUAGGUUACAUGGGGCAGACUGCCUACCAGUACCCACCCCCUCCUCCUCCCCCUCCUCCUUCACGUAAAUGAAGCCACUCAGGUGGUAGUGACUUGUGCAGACUUAACUACAUUUAAAGGAACGCUAUCUUUUCCUUUUUUUCUUCUUCCCUUUUUCUUUCUUUUUAAAUUUUUUUUCCCAACCAUUGUGAUUUGUCUUUCAUGCAGAUU